AUGACACAAGCAGUGUGUAGUUUAACAGAAGUAUUAAACGCUGGUUGGAAUUUAUCUCAAAAAAGUUUUACAGAAUGUUUAAAGAAGACGGAACAUGAAAGUUUUAAAGAAUUGAUAGAUGUAUUAUUGAAUUCAGACAUUCGAGAAUAUGGAGUACCAUGGUUAGGAGAUUAUAAAAAGUCAACUCAACUUGAAGCAAAUGGUAGAAUUGUUCAACUUACUCGAUUGCGUAAUAUCAGUAUACCACAAGCUGUUGAAGAUAUGAUGAUGACCACUUCUGCAGAUAAUCGUGGACCUUGUGUACUUCGAUUAACAUUUACUGAUGGUCGUAAUACAAUAACCGGCUUAGAUAUGCAGGAUAAAACAGAUUUGAGUAUGGAUAUACCACCUGGAACAAAAUUUCGUCUUAUGGGUUCAAUUCCUAUAUCUAUGGGAUUUUUACUGCUGUCAAAAAAUCAUCUCAAAGUACUCGGUGGUACAGUGACUAAUUUAAUACGUGAAUGGAAUAUGACCAAGUUUCUUAAAGAUACUGAAAAUCGUAAUAUCACUGGCGGAGCUCCAGUGUUUGUUCCAUUCGGUAGUCGAGAAGCUACAGAUCUAAUACAAAGUGAAGGCAAAUUUCUUAGUCAGCUUCGAUCAGAUCGAGAAAGUAAUCAAAUGAAAUUCGAUUCAUUUCAAAUGGCAACAGCACGUAAUGAACCGCAAGAGGAGAGUGAAUUACAAGCCAUGUUCAAUGAACAACGUAAAGAAAUUCUGGCUGAAUUGAAAGCAUCCAACUCGUCUUCUUCUACGGCUGCUGGUGGCGGUGGUCGUGGUGGGGAUAAAACUGUUUCAAAUUAUCAUAAUGCGAAUAGAACAUUCCCAGGCAGUACAACUAGACGAUUUAAACCUGGUUUAUCGAAAUUUUAUCAAUUACAAUUACAAAAAUCUGAAGAAUAUAGUCUCGCUAUCGCUCAGUUAUUAUCAUUGGGGUAUCCGUAUCAGUUAGCUAGUAGUGCAUUGAAAAUUAACCGUGGUAAUUAUCAAGCUGCUGUUGACUAUCUUCUUUCAAAGUCUACAUCAACAUCUAUGCAUUUGGAUGAGAAUCCAGGGAAUAAUCAUCAUCAUCAGACACCGAUGAUUCCUUCUUCUUCUCCUUUGACACGUGGAUCUAGACCAUAUGGUGGUCGGGGAAGUCGUGGUGGUCGUGGUCGAUUUAAUUCAACAGAAGGCGAUGAGAUGAAUUCAUCACGGUUCCAUUCAUCGUCGGCAGAUACUCCACAGAGUAGACCGUCAACUGGAUUAGUACGACUUGAUGAUUUAAUUGUUGAUUCAAUGCCAACAAAGUCAUCAGCAACAGCAGCUGCACCGCCAUCAUCAACAGCCACAACAAAGGGCGUCCAUCAGACAGUAGUUAACCAUCAUCGAUUAAAACCAACGGCUAAUCAGGUGUUGUUAUCUGUUGGUUGUCCAAUUUUAGCCCAGAAUAUAUCUGGGGAUUAUGAAGAAGCCCAAUUAAUUGGUUAUCUAUCGAAUACUAAUACUGGCAGCAGUUCAGGAGAAAAGAUUGUUCUCGUUGCCUAUCUACAUUCUGAUAAUGCUACAGGUAAAAUUAGUAUAGAAGAAGAGAUUGUACCAAUCAGUUUGAUAAGAACAAUGAAUAGAGAGAAAAUAACUAUAGAUAUGGUACCUCCAGCACCAUCUGACCGUGUAAAACCUUACGGUUCCUCAUCGAAUUCAGCAUCUAUGAAUUCCAAUCAAUUUGAUGAUAUUCACUUUAGCCAUCAACCAUAUCCUCCUACAUCGGGCAGAGGAUAUCGAGGGAACAGUCGUGGUGUGGUGGUCGCCGAGUAUUUAGCGGUGGAAGAGUUGUGCAGAUUAUGUCAACCCGUGGAUUUGAAUAUCACAAAAUGUGAAGAACUAUUAGACAUAAUAACUGACAAUGCACUGAGAGCUUUGAAAACUGUAGAUGAUAAGUCUUUGAAGGGGAUGAAAAUGCUAAACACAUUCAUAGAAAAGAAAUCUGCAUUCAUGAAACCUGGCCGAUAUUUGUGUUUAGAUUUCAAAGGGAAGUAUUAUCGUUUGGUUUUGACAACUGUAUCAGAAGACGUGCAAGAAAUAAAAAAAGAGGAAGAGUAUUAUUCUAUUUCCAACCGGUUAAGAUGCAGUAAUGCAGAGACGGUAUUUAACUACAUUGCGGAAACUAUACAUGACUUCUAUAUUCUUAAAAAUAUAAAUGAAGAAAAUAUACCUCUUGGUAUAUGUUUCAUGUUUCCAAUGAAACAGACAAGUAUACGAGAUGGUUAUGUGAUAAAAUGGGCAAAAGAAUUUUCAAUCAAUAGUCUUAUAGGAUUAAAUUUUCCUGUAAAAUUACAAGAAGCUCUCAAAAGAAGGGGAUUAAAAGUACCAGUAACUGCUAUUGCAAAUGAUACAGUUUGUGCAUUUUUUGCUUGUGCUUGGAAAGAUAACGAUUGUGCUCUUGGUUUGAAACACAGUCACGGUUCAAAUAUUUGUUGUCUAGAAAAAGUCAGUGAUGUACCCAAAUUGAAACGACCAGUAAAUCUUGGAACUUCAAUAUUGCUGAAUGCUGAAUGGGGACAAAUUGGAGAAGAUGGCUGCAUAGAUGAUUACUUAACUGAAUAUGAUAAACUUAUAGACAAGUUUUCUUCUGAACCAGGAUGUUGUAUAUUUGAAAAACUGAGCAGUGGAAUAUACAUUGGUGAACUAUGUCGUGUGAUAAUGUUGAAAGCUGUUGAAGAAAGAUUAUUAUUUGGUGGUGUUGUGCCAGAACUAUUAACAACUCCAUAUAUUUUAACCUAUGAACAUGUCUUUCUUAUUGAUCGUGAUCCAGCGAAUGUUUUUUUCGGUGCUGAAAUGGUUCUACGACAACGUUUUAAAAUGACCGAGAUUAAAAGGAAAGAUUUAGUCGGUGUUCGUUAUAUCAGUUUUGUGGUGAUUAAUCGAGCUGCACACUUAAUUGGUACUGCUUGUGCUGCACUAAUUAAUCAAUUGAAACGGAAACGGAUUACCAUAGCUGUAGAUGGAACAUUCUUUCGAUUGAGUAAAACAUUUACGGAUGUGCUGAAACGGACUAUUAGUAAAUUAAUACCACAAAAAUAUUCUUUCAAACUUCACUUAGUAGAUGAUGCAAGCGCUGAAGGGAUAACAGCCAUAAUCUCAUCAUUACGAGGUGAUUUAGCGCAUCGUCUAAGUUAUGCAGGAGAAGCUGAUUUGGAAUCAGAAUCAGAGGAACGCAGAGAACUUGAAGCAAUUCUUAUACAAGAAGGUCUUGAUUUAUAA